UCUUGGGCCCCGGGUCUCCGCCGAGCAUUCCUCGCGGCAGCGGCUCUUGCUUUGGGCCCGGGCGGGAGAGCGGCGCCUGCGGCUCGGACAUGGCUGAGAAGCGGCACCCGGGGGACGUCGAGGCCCGGCGGCUCCCCGACUCCUUCAAGGAUAGCCCCAGUACGGGCCUUGGACCUUGUGGCUGGAUUUUGGUGGCUGUGUCGUUCCUGUUCACGGUCAUAACCUUCCCAGUGUCAGUAUGGAUGUGCAUAAAGAUCAUAAAGGAAUAUGAAAGAGCCAUCAUCUUUAGACUGGGUCGCAUUUUACAAGGAGGAGCCAAAGGACCUGGCUUGUUUUUUAUUCUCCCGUGCACCGACAGCUUCAUCAAGGUGGACAUGAGAACAAUUUCAUUUGACAUCCCUCCUCAGGAGAUCCUCACCAAGGAUUCGGUGACCAUUAGCGUGGACGGCGUGGUCUACUACCGCGUCCAGAACGCGACCCUGGCCGUGGCCAACAUCACCAACGCCGACUCCGCGACCCGUCUCUUGGCACAGACGACUCUGAGGAACGUCCUGGGCACCAAGAACCUUUCUCAGAUCCUCUCGGACAGAGAAGAAAUCGCACACAACAUGCAGUGCACCCUGGACGACGCCACUGACGACUGGGGAAUCAAGGUGGAGCGCGUGGAGAUCAAGGACGUGAAGCUGCCCGUGCAGCUGCAGAGAGCCAUGGCCGCAGAGGCAGAGGCGUCCCGGGAGGCCCGCGCCAAGGUCAUUGCAGCCGAGGGAGAAAUGAACGCAUCCAGGGCCCUGAAGGAAGCCUCCAUGGUCAUCACCGAGUCCCCUGCGGCCCUUCAGCUGCGGUACCUGCAGACCCUGACCACCAUCGCCGCGGAGAAGAACUCCACCAUCGUCUUCCCCCUGCCCAUUGACAUGCUGCAAGGCAUUGUGGGGGCGAAGAAGUGAGCCCCAGAGGCCAACAGAGAUGCGCCCUUCCCGGCCAGGGUAGGGCGGGGACCAAGUUAGCCCUUAAGCCGUACGGAGAGUAGGGCGAGCCCUUGACUAUCCUUCCUCUUUCCUUUUCGUGUGUUGACUACAAGGUUCUUAGAAUGUGUAGCGACUCUAGCGACAAAGAUUGUAAGCUUGUAAACACUGAGGAGGGGGCGGGAGGGGACUGGCGACCUCUGGAAGGUAAUGUCUUACUCCUUAAAAUAUUUAAAAGCCCAUAUAUUUAGAUCAUUAUGUAAUAGGGUCAGUGCCCCUUCCUCGACCUUCACUGGGCCUCCUGCACCCCCUAGCUGCAGCCAGGCCAGAGGCAAGAAGACCGUGACAAGCACCACUCGACGACCAGGCCAGACCAGUGCUUUGCAGAAAGCAGUGACCAGCCUCUCUGGGCCACACGUGCCUUACUUGCGGGGAAUCUUAAGGAAACCUUCCCGCCUCCCGCUUACUUUCUAAACCCAGGCCGUGUUUUAAAAGCAUCCUCUCUCAAGAGUAGUCAUUUCCUUCCCUGUCCCUGUCCACACUGGACAAAAUCAGUGUCAAGAUCAGUGAAAAAGAUCAUCUUCACCCUUGAAAGACUCUUAAACCCACCGUCACAAAGAUCAUAUCCUGUAGGAAUAAUAAGUUUCUUCUCUUUCCGUUUUUGAAACUUCUUUGAGCCUCUCUAGGACCAAAUGAUUCCCCUGUGGUCUUUGAAACCAGCUACAUACUUGUCACAAAAGUGCUUUUUUCCUCACUUUUGCCUAUUUUCAUAUAUCUGGUUCUAGGUGGUUUUUGAGCUUUUUAAACGAAACCCGCAAGUUCUAUAAACACCUGUUUAUAUACCCAUUUGAAUAGCUUAAGGAUUAAUACUUUUUAAGGACAUGUCUUCAGAAAGCCGUUCUAUUUUCCUCGACUGCAUGCUGUUAACUGUCGCACGCUGUGAAAUACUUUGGUUGCCCACCCCGUUCAUUGAAUACUCUAAGGAAUUCACGAUAUAUUGGGCAUAUUAACAGCCAAUGAGCUUGGGAGGACACCGUCAGACCUAGGAUAUAUACAGGGAUCUAGGGCGUCUUCUCUAUUUGCGGGGUUAUCUUCUGUCACCUGUGUCCGUGCUGAAAGAGGAAGUGGCCAGCCCCCCGUGAACCAUAGUUGUUUCUCUUAUGAUAUUAAGAAGCACCUUCAGUUUUGCAAAUGCCCGUGAAUCUGAGCAACCUGGCGUUUUCCUGUUGGUCUGAAAACCUGGCUGGUGGAGGCUCUGGAUUCAGCUAGAGAAGCCUUAGGAAGGGCGGCUUCCGCACCCGGCCACCCUUCACAUCUGUCCUCAGCCCCGGACUGCGGGCGUCCCUUCCCCGCUCCCCCAUUUCCAAGCUUAAUUUAGGAAACCCUGAGCCACGUACCCGGCUUCGCAGCCGAGUUUAUUAGGUGUACGUGAUGCAUUUUGCCUUGGAACCUGAGUUACUCAUUUUAAACAAUGAUCUUCUCUUUUUUGGUGGCGACCAGUGAGGACCAGGAAACAACCCCACAUCCUGGCUAAAAAUCUCUUCUCGGCUUAGAGGAGUAACAGUGCUUUCUGCUUCUUGGGUUUCCCUGUUUCCAGAUACCAAACAGUCUUUACCCCUCUGCCUUGUGGCUUCAUAGCCCAAUAGGGUGGGAUUAAAUUGCUUAAGAGGGAGGAAGCAUAAGGGGCUGAGGGGGAGCGUCAGUGCAAGAUCCCUUUCCACGUGGCCUCUCUGCAAUGCUGUACGUAAUAAAGUGUGCACUUUUACUCAU